CUAGUAGCAAAGCUUACCUUGCUUAUCAAGUCUUUUGAAUAUUCUGUUUUUCUCAGCUCUCAAAGGAAGAUAUGGAUUUCCGUUUGCCUGGUCUUGUUCCUUCUAAGAUGCUUAAACGAUCUCUUUCAAGCUCAAAGAGAGGACACUCAUUUGCAGUUAAUGUACCAAAGGGCCAUUUGGCAGUUUAUGUUGGUGAGACUGAAAGGAAGCGGUUUGUGAUUCCUGUUUCAGUCCUUAACCAGUCUUCAUUUCAAGACUUGCUAAUUCAAGUUGAAGAUGAAUUUGGAUUUGAACAUCCAAUGGGUGCUCUAACAAUUCCCUGCAGAGAAGAUGCCUUCAUGGAUCUUCUUUCUAGCUUGAAUGUGUUAUGAGAGUAGCAACUAACAGGAAUUUUAUAAGUAACAAUUUUGAAAAGCAGUGAUUUCCGAUACCAUGUUGGACAAUUUUUACUUCUCUUUCCUCCGUGGAGUUGGAAAAUGGCUCCCGUAAAUGAGAAAUGUAUAGAAAGAUGAUAUCGUGAUUGUCAUUGCUAUUGUAGCCUCUUUUUUAUGCAUAAUCAAUAUAGAAUUUUUUAAGAAAGUUUAUAUCUUUGUUAACUGUUUGAAUUUCUCAUCUAAA